AUGCCUUCCAAUACCGACUACCACAUUAAUAGGGAGUUUCAGAUGGGUGGGACCACCAAUUCCAUGGCCAUGGCGCCGGCUACGCCACGAAUGAUGGGCAGACCGAGUAAUCACGGCAGCACGUCCAGUCACGGAAACAAUGACGGGACAUCCAAGCUAAUGCCCGCAGUAGAGGUUUCCAACGCUUCGCAAAGUGUGUCGAAGGGAAGUGGACUGGGCCAGGAUAAUUCCGGUGCACCAGCUAGGCAGUUUCACCGCAAAAGCCUCGGAGACUGGGAUUUCCUAGAAACCGUUGGUGCUGGGUCGAUGGGCAAAGUGAAGCUAGCUCGACACCGGACAACGCACGAAGUGUGCGCCAUUAAAAUCGUUAAUCGCGCUACUAAGGCAUUCGUGCACAAAGAGUCCCAUAUGGCGCCUCCCAGGACCCAAGAAGAGGUUCUGGAGCGCGAACACAAGCUUGAAAAGGAAAUCUCGCGCGACAAACGCACUAUCCGAGAGUCUUCUCUUGGCCAGAUCUUUUACCAUCCACAUAUAUGCCGCCUUUUCGAGAUGUGCACGAUGAGCAACCAUUUUUACAUGCUAUUCGAGUAUGUCUCCGGUGGGCAGCUUCUCGACUAUAUUAUUCAGCACGGGUCGUUACGUGAGCGCAGCGCUCGAAAAUUCGCCCGUGGAAUCGCCUCUGCUCUACAGUACUUGCACAUGAACAACAUUGUGCACCGAGACCUCAAGAUUGAGAACAUCAUGAUAUCCACGUCCGGGGAAAUCAAAAUCAUCGAUUUCGGUCUUUCGAACAUGUACAACCCGAAGAAACAAUUGCACACUUUCUGUGGGUCGCUUUACUUUGCCGCGCCGGAGCUUUUGAAAGCGUGCCCGUAUACAGGGCCAGAAGUGGACGUCUGGUCUUUCGGAGUCGUUUUGUAUGUGUUGGUGUGCGGUAAAGUGCCCUUCGAUGAUGAGAACUCUAGUGUGCUACACGAAAAAAUAAAGCAAGGACGCGUUGAAUAUCCACAGCAUCUGUCUAUUGAAGUCAUUUCUUUGUUGUCCAAGAUGCUCGUGGUUGAUCCCAACAAACGUGCCACUUUGAAGCAGGUGGUCAACCAUCAAUGGAUGCAAAGAGGCUACGAUUUUCCGUCUCCAUCAUAUUUGCCUCACCGUACGCCUCUAACGCCAGAUGCACUAGACUCUACUGUGAUAAAAGAAAUGUACCGUCUUGAAUUUGUUGACGAUGUUAUUGAAGCUACUGCUUGGCUAACCAAGAUACUCACAAGUCCUGAAUACGAGAGCUUAGUAAAACAGUUUUGGGCCAAUGUUAGUAAAGGCGGUGUGCAUGAAGAUCCUACUCGCGCAUUCCACCCAUUGUUGUCAAUAUAUCAAUUGGUUGAUGAGACGGUCAAGAGAAAGCUGGCCAAGCAACAGAAAAGGGCAGCACUUUUGGCUGCAAACCAAAUACCUCAAGCUCUGGAUGUACCGACUUCUGGCGCUCCAGUGGGGACACCUAUGACUCCUGGUACAACACCUGUGUCGACACCCGCUAUGGCCGCUCAACCGUCAAUGCAGCACAAGAGAGAACUCUCUGUCAACACCAGACCGCUCAACGCCGUUUCACCUUACCCAGUGAUCAGCGCGGUUCCUACCACCUCGCCCUCGAAGCCAAGACCUACCGUGAUGAUUCCACCCAAGCUUGCUGUUCCAGAGCAGGCACAUACCUCUCCAACUGGCAGAAAGCCAUCAAACACCAACUAUCCCUCUGCAGAUCUUGACGUUGUCUUGUCUCCAACUCCUCAAUCUCAUGACUAUGACCAAGCAACAGCAGCCCUACAAAAGAAGGCCGAAGCCGACAACAUUACUUCCUCUUCAGUAAUCAACCCUCUAACUGACAAGUCCAAAUUUGGCACAAUGUUCAGACGCUUCUCGCAAAAGCGUCAUGGCCAUCACCAAUCACAACAACAACAGCAGCAGCAGCAGCAGCAGCAGCAGAAACAACAACAACAACAGCAACAGCAACAAUUAGCAACACAACGCUUGACACCACAAGCUGUUCCAAAGACAACGAUGAAAAAGACUCACACUAGAACUGUUUCAGAAAACGUACCAUUCACCAGGCUCGACACAUUUGGCGCCCCACCUUUACCCAAUGAUGUCACCAAUGCAAAACAACGUACAGAGUUGCCCGCACUGCCCUCUAAUGCUGCAAACAUGGUCAAAGAUCAACAGUUGGCAUCAGAAGGAGUUCAAAGACUACAAAUCGCCGACGAGGAUGAACCUAUAUCCACGCUCAGCGUUCCAAAGGGUAGAAAGAUGCACCCCUCGGCUAGAGCCAAAUCCGUUGGACAUGCUCGUCGUGAAUCUCUGAAAUUUAUGAGACCACCUGUGUCCAAUAAUAUGGAUCAACAAGUCAUGAACAUGAACGAUGAUGGAUUCUUGGAAAGCAGCGAUGAUGGCAAGUCUGACUACAUCAACAGUGUUGAAGUGACCUCUUCACAGGGUGAACGUGAGCUCACAGAUCAAGAAAUUCUCAACAUUGCAUCCAAAGCACCAAUGGGUUCGAUGCCAUCUAUCGAUUAUCCUCGCUCCUUGUUCUUAAAAGGGUUUUUUAGUGUCCAAACAACGUCGUCAAAACCUCUACCAAUUGUGCGUUACAAAAUUAUCUCUGUUCUAAAAAAGCUGAGCAUCGAUUUCAAGGAAGUGAAAGGUGGGUUUGUUUGCCUGCAUAAACAGUCUUACAUUACUCCCGCUUCUCAGCCACCGCAACAACCUGUAAUAAUAGUCAAUGAUGCCUCCUCAACGGGCAGCAAUAAUAGUUGGGGUGCAGCCUCUCACAGGAGGAACUUUUCUAUCCCACCCGUACAGCAAUCAACGGUUUCGCGUAAUAGUUCGCUACGACGUCAACCAUCAAUGGGCAAAUCUCAACAGCCAGGCAUUGCAGCCACUCCACAGGCUGCCAGUACGCAUGAAAGAAACUUAUCCAUCAUUUCACCAAGCAAUGGCAAUGGUAGUAUCCCUGAAGUUUCUAGCGCUUCUUUGGAGUCCUUCCACCAUGACGAUAUUCUAACAACUUCUAAAGCCCAUAAUCUGAAUAACGCAGAACAUCCCGCAACUGCCGGCGAUUCGAAAGAGAGGCCUCCGCUCAAGUUCGAAAUUCAUAUUGUUAAAGUUCGCAUUGUCGGCUUGGCCGGUAUUCAUUUCAAGAAAGUAUCUGGUAAUACUUGGAUGUACAAAGAAUUGGCUUCUCACAUUUUAACGGAAUUGAACUUGUGA